AUGUCGAUGACAGAUCUGUUGAAAGCUGAGGAGAUCAAGAAAGCUCUUGAAGCCUUUGCAGGAGAAACAUUCGACCCUAAGAAGUUCUUUGAGUUGGUGGGAAUGAAGGCCAUGUCGGCCGAAGACGUGAAGAGGGUCUUCCAGGUUCUGGAUGUGGACGGCAGCGGCUUCAUAGAGGAGGAGGAGCUCAAGUUUGUACUGAAGGGCUUUUCCAAGGAGGGCAGAGAUCUGACCGACUCUGAGACAUCAGCGUUCCUCAAAGCUGCAGACAAAGAUGGAGACGGGAAGAUCGGCAUCGAUGAGUUCGAGGUCUUGGUGCAUGAGUAG